CACUGUCAGAGUGAAAGCUCCUUCCGUGACACGCUGUCUUUUCAUGCGUGGUGGGGGUUGACGUUUGCCUUUCCACAUAGCUGGUCGGUGUCUAGCUGCAGGCUAACCCGCCGAGCUAUCGCCUCCUCCUCUUCCUCCUCCUCCUGCGAAAGGCAGCUGAACGGAGCCCCGAAUGAACCACGCACCGCCUCAAUGCAUCUCCAGGGGCCGCGAUGUCAGCGACAGAAACGACGGCGGCAGCUAGCCCCCUUUCUCGCCACUGCAGGAGGAUGCUGAGGCUGUUCGGCGCGCUGGUUAUCCUCGGACUGGUCCUGGCUUGCAUUACCUCCUGGGUGCUGGACAGCUACGACACGGCAUGGCACCCUAAACGGAGCCUUCAGCACCGGGCUGCCGGUGAUGGAUCCAAGGGGAGCUCUCCACCAUUUCCCGGCGACCAGCUGGACAAUGUAUUCUGGUUUAUACAGGUGUCCGACAUUCACAUCAGUAGAUUUCGCGACCCGAAACGGAUUCCAGAUUUUGAGAAGUUCUGCACCGACACCAUCGAAGUGAUCAAACCGGCCCUGGUGCUCGCAACAGGGGAUCUGACGGACGCCAAGACGGAGAGUAAGGUGGGUUCCCUCCAGCAUGAGGUGGAGUGGCAGGCCUACCACAACGUCCUGAAGAGGUCUCGCGUGAUGGAGCGCACCAGGUGGAUUGACAUCCGCGGAAAUCAUGAUGCGUUCAACAUUAUGUCACUGGACAGCUCCAACAACUAUUACAGGAAAUACUCAGCUAAUCAGAAAGUAGGCUCCUUCCACUAUGUUCACAAAACUCCCUUUGGCAACUACUCCUUUGUCUGCGUGGACGCCACGCUGACUCCGGGACCCAAGAGGCCAUACAACUUCUUCGGUAUUCUCAACCAGACUCAGAUGAACCUGCUGGACAUGUUCAGAACUGAGAGUCUGAAAAGCAACCAGUCGAUCUGGUUUGGCCACUACACCACCUCCACCAUCGUCUCCCCGUCCCCGGGCGUUCGAGAAAUAAUGAGGUCUGCUGUUGCGUAUCUAUGCGGCCACCUGCACACACUGGGCGGCCUGAUGCCCGUCCUCCACAGCCGACACCCCCAGGGCACCCUGGAGCUGGAGCUGGGCGACUGGAUGGACAACCGCCGGUACAGGGUUCUAGCCUUUGACCACGACCUGCUGAGCUUCUCCGACCUGACGUUCGAGAAGUGGCCCGCGGUGCUGAUCACAAACCCCAAAGAGGCGCAGUACCUGCACCCCGGGGUGGAGCCGUUGGGUCGAAUAAGGAGGUCGACGCACAUCAGGAUCUUGGCUUUCUCGGAGGCCCCGAUCACGACGGUGCACGUGAGCGUCGACGGGGAGCCUCUGGGGAGAGGCCACCACGCUGGAGGCCCCCUCUACGUUCUGCUGUGGGAUCCGUCUCUUUACCUCACCGGACUGCAAAUCAGAGUUAAAGUGGAGGACUCGGCGGGCCGGUCGUCGGUGCGGGAGCAGCACUUCACUCUGGAGGAGGAAUCGACUCCCAGCUUCGGUUUCGUCCAGUCCUUCAUCCUCCUCACGGACCACUACGUCCUGGGACGAGCGGCCUUCGUAUGUAUCAUGGUGCUGAAUGUCGGCGCGCUCCUGGCCUUCAGGUUCAUGCGCGUUCCUUCCGGUAGAGGAUUGACCGCUCAAGUGUGUAUGUCCCUCCAUCUGGUCAGUAAAAUGGACUCCUUCUACUACUCUCUGCUGCUGUUCAACCUGUGCACAGCUUUAGGCCCGUGGUUCAUAGGAGAGCUGAUAGACGGCCACAGUGGCGCCUGCUUCGCCUUUGGAGUGUUCAUCGACGGCCACUUCCUGGAGGGCAGCCUCACUUACGUGGUCGGAGUCACUCAAGUGGUCUUCUUCAACAUGCCCCUCACCUCUUACCUCUGCUGGAGCCUCCACCACCGUUGCCGCGGCAACACCUUCCGAUCCCACUUCCUGCGGCCGGGCUGCCGCUGGCGGACCCUGUCCGUUCACGUCUUCAUGCUGCUGCUGCUCACCUGGCAGACCCACUCCUGCUACUUUCUCCUGGAGACCUACGGCCCCACGGCCUUUUUGCUGUCCCCGGUCCGCACGUGGGCCCUGGGGCUCGGCCUGCUAUUGGUCUACCGCGCCUGGACAGGCCCCGCCCCUCUCGCCCGCGACAACAGCAAGAGCGUCUCUUCCUCUUGACAGUAAUUGCACUGUACCGCCGCGAUUGCCCCUCGAGCCUGACUCACAGAUCCUCCCCGAAAGCCUCAAUUUAUCCCCUCAUCUCUCUCCUUCUCUUUCUUCUUUCUCGCUCUGUCCUCUUUCCAAAGCCACUUCACAGCACAUCAUUCACUGUUCUCUUUCUAGAUAGUAUUGUUUACUUAAUAUGCAUGUUAUCGUGAAGCACCGGUGAGCACAUUUCUGGCCAUAUUCAUAGCAAUGUGUACAGUGUAUAAAAAAAAAAAGACGUAUGCAGGAGCUGACAGUACACGCUCAUUCGCCGGUUCAUUAGGUACACAAAACAAAUGCAUUUUAAUACAUCAGUCCUGAACUAAGUCUUUUUUUUAGUUCAUUUAGGCUGUGGCUUGUAGUUCCGUUGAAAUAUAUACAUAUAUAUGUUUCUAUUACUUAGAAAACUCCAUUUCAGUCAGUGGGCUAGGCCAAAUAACAGAAACACCUCCCAGAAUUAUCAUAGCUCACAGUCCAGGUCAAUCGCUUUAUAACAGGAAGCAGGAUUUAGUGCAGGACUGUUUGUAUUUUCUCAUUCUCACUUGUGUACCUAAUGUUUCGGCGAGUGUACUCCCGAGGGCUGUGUUCUACAGUUUAAGCUGACUCAUUUACUUGAGAUUUAGCACUUUUUUUUUUUUUUUUUUUUUGGAAGUGUUGCCUUGGCCGAACGCCACCUCACCACUGCCAAAGGAUGAAUAGGAACGAUAUCACCUUUUAUUCUUCCCUCCGAGAAACCAUUUCCAUUCACCAAUGAAAGGCUGGAUGUGCCAAACUGAUCGUCGAGUUUACUUUCAGACACGCCAAAUGGCCCGAGAAACCGAUACACCGCCCUUUUGUGUACCGAAAGCUUCCCACCGGCUUGCAGAGCGUUACAGCUGUGCUAACUUUGAUGAAAUGACGCAGGUAUUUCAACCUAAACGAUCACAUUUUUACGUUUGUUUUGCGUAUAAUUGCCGAUAAUUAAAGAAAGGAAAGUACAAAACAAUCAAAUAUUAAUAGUUAAUCGCCGUACGAGUAGUUAACAAUCAAAUGUGUCUUUAAAUCCACUGCAAACUACUGCCAGUUCACACUGGGAUGUUCAUUGGGAUAUUCAUACCGAUGCCAGUUUUCACCAAAACGCAGAAAAGCCGACUCCUCUUGCUCUAUCAUAACACGUGACCACAGAAAGCAGCUGUUUGUUUCUCAGGAACGUGAGCACUUGAACAAUAGGCUGAUCCCAGUAGUAUUUCAGGAAAAUGUUUUUUUAUACUCCAUAAGUAGCUCAGUGAACUAAAACCAUGUCAAACAAUCCUGAUGUGUGGUGGCUUAAAAAAACAAAACGAAUGUGUUAUAGCUGUGGUGAAAUAAGAUGAGCCAGUACUAUGCUGUUUUAUUUAUUAAUUUCUGAUUGUUAUGUGUGUGUGUGUGAUUUUUUUUGUUUUGUUUUUUUCAUUUGAUUUCCUCUCGUGUCAUUAAUCUGCACUGCAGGUGAGCGUGGUUAGGAGGAUAUAAGAGCAUUCCCUGUGUUGGAAGUUACUGGUAAUUAAUUUAACAGAUCUGUGUGUGAUUUGUCUAUAUCGUUCUGAAUGUUUUAUUCCCAUUUUGUGAAGGUGUGAGAGCAGUAAACUGUGUCUGUUGCACUGUAUUUCAAUCCUUUUCUAGUCAACACUAGUGGUCAAUUCCACAAGAACAGUACUUACAUACAACCACAAUCAUUCUUUUAAUACAGAUAUAUAUAUAUAUAUAUAUAAAUAUAUACACACACACAUACAUAUAUAUAUGAUAUAUAUAUGUAAAUGUUACCAUUGAUUUUCUUUUCUUUCUUUUUUUUAAACCUUACCCAUCACGAGUGCAGAAUAAUUGCUCAGUGCUAUGACAAGACACGUAGUUUAAUAUUAGAACAGCUGCUCGACACUGAGAAAAUUAAAUUAUGUGCACUCUUGUUGGCCACGGUUUAAUAACUUCCCCCCCUCUCGCUGCACAGAUGAGCCUUCCUCAUUUGCACAGGAGCUACUUGCUACCAAGUGUAUAAUUUAAGUGAUAUUUGGAUUAAAUGUGUUUUUGUAAGUGUCUCCCUCUGAAGCUAUUUGUCCACUAGGAGGCAGUAUUGGAUGUGUUUGGAUGGUAAUGAGAUAUGAUUGUGCUGCAUUUCACUUCCACCUCAGAAUUAUGCAUGGGCCUUUUCUUUUUCUUUUUUUUUUAUUCUCCAAGUGUUCCAGUGGCACCUAUUGAUUAUGUAUAAAUCUGGAUGCGAUGGCUCCCCGCUGUACACCAAUUUGACUGUUGACAAGACGUAAUGACUGCAUCAAUGAGAAGGAGUGCUCUGUAAGUGAUGUACUGGUGUUUACAUGACAUCCCCUGGAUCCCCUCCCGUGUUCAAGCACUGACGCAUAUGAAUGAGUAGAUGACGAUUUUACACCUGCCACAUAUUUUUCUUGUGACAACUGAAAUUAGAGCCAACCACGAUUUUAUUUUAUUAAUGGUUUAUAGUGCUGUGGAAUAAAAAUGUUCAUUACAGUAAA